AUGGCGACAGCCUCAAACGUGGUGCAGCGCGCCAAGCGUCUACAAUAUGCCAUUGAGGCUUCAUUGGCUGUUGUUCAGCUCCACGACAACUUUUCGGACGAAGAGUCCGAGGAGGGAGACCCCGACCACGACACCGACGAGGAAGCUGCAAGCUCCGUGCUUUACACCCGCCGCUCCGUCGACCCCACUACAAGCAACGCCGCGAGCUGGUCUAGAGCCCUCAGAGCUAGCGGAACUUUCUGCUUCGCUUGGAAAAGUUCAGCAGCUUCGGCCGCCGUGUCACUCAGUCAAACCGCCCGCCCACGCAUCAAGCUAGACCGUAUCAUCGACACGGUGAACAACGGCAUUCUAGCCAGCCAUAAUGCCUCGGACCCCUCGCAGUCGAUGCUGGCCAUGAUGAUGGCGAUGGAAGAGCGCCAACAAGCGAGAGAUGCGCAGUAUCGUCAUGAGCGUGAGCUCUACCAGCGACAGAGAGAUGAGCAUGAAGCUGUCAACCAGCAAAUGAUGAUGAUGCUGUUGGUACGCCUCGUUGAAAGUGGCGGUGGAGCUGCGUCAAGCGGGGAGCAGCAUGGAAACGGCACAGACGCUGGCCUAGAGAACAAGCUAGAAUAG